AAUAAUUGAAUCAGCCCCUCGUCCAUCACUGCAAAAGUUCUUUUUUUCUUUUUGCACUUUCUUCGGCACAUCUGACGACAGCGUGAAACCUUUCGAAAAACCAAAAUAAGGUCAAAACUUUCGUAAUGCCGUCAGACGAGAACAGAAUCUGUAGAAAGCAUAUCAGUCCACUCGAUAAUCACACCCGGUAAGGAUGGCGCGAUCUCCCGUAACUAUGGUUCGACACAUUUCCCGGCACCUGUUAGUCCUAGUUUCUGUAGUUAUGGUAGUCUGCUUUGUCGGGUAUCUCAAUAAUAGACAAAAUGCGCUGGAUAAUCAAACUUUUCGAGAAAGCCAGUUAUUGUUGCGUCAGCGGUUAAUGGAAUCGGAAAACCGAACAUCUACGGAGACCGAAGUAAUAAGUUCAUCCACGAGUAAAGAUACAAAUCUGUGGACUCCACCCGGUGAUCUUGGCUAUGCAGUCAAAUUAGGAUCAACCGAAGAGUCUGUUGGAAAGAUGGUCAAACUAGGCUACGACAGCCAAGGUUUGAACCAAUAUGUAUCCGAUCUGAUAUCGGUAAAACGUCGAUUGCCGGAUAUUCGAGACGACUGGUGCCGACAGCCUGGAAGAUAUCUAUCAAAUCUUCCGAAAACUACUGUCGUCAUAGUGUUCUACAACGAAGCCUGGUCAGUGUUGGUGCGAACGGUUCACUCAAUCCUCGAUCGAUCACCAACCGAGCUGAUUAGGGAGAUUAUUUUGGUGGAUGAUUUCUCCUAUCUGCCACAUUUGAAAAUUCAACUGGAGGACUAUUUCCUUGCCUACCCCAAAGUACGUAUCGUUCGAGCCGACGAGCGUUUGGGGCUGAUGCGAGCUAGACUUCUGGGAGCUCGCAGUGCCACGGCGGAUGUACUGACAUUCCUAGACGCACACGUGGAAUGUAUCGAAGGAUGGUUGGAGGCACUGUUGGAUCCGGUUGCACGAAACUGGACUACCAUUGCUAUUCCAACAAUCGACUGGAUUGAUGAACACGACAUGCAUCUACGUUCGGAAAGUGCCCCGCAGUUCUACGGUGCGUACGAUUGGGAUCUGAAUUUCGGUUGGUGGGGACGUGCCUCGCGAAAGAUCAAAUAUGAAAAUAAGCUCGAACCGUUCGAUACACCGGCCAUGUCUGGGGGACUAUUUGCGAUCACUAAAAGGUUUUUUGAGCACGUCGGUUGGUAUGACGAAGGAUUCGAAAUCUACGGUGUGGAGAACAUUGAGUUGUCGAUGAAAAGUUGGAUGUGUGGCGGCAAAAUGGUGACCGUUCCCUGCUCUCGAGUAGCGCACAUUCAGAAAACCGGUCAUCCCUACAUGCAGCAGACUUCGAAAGAUGUGAUUCGCGCUAACUCGCUUCGACUGGCCGAGGUUUGGAUGGAUGAGUACAAGCAAGUUAUUUUCGAUAUCUACGGUAUCCCAAGGUAUCCGAUCGAGGAGGCUGGCGAACUGUGCUCCAGACGAGAGAUACGCAAGAAGGCCAAUUGCAAAAGUUUUCGAUACUAUGUUGAAAAUGCCUUUCCGGAAAUGAGAAAUCCGAUGGUUACGGGAGCUUUCCGCGGAGAGAUGAGGAACAAAGCGCUCGGGAAUAGCAUCUGUUUGGAAUAUGUGAAGGAGGAAAACUCAUUGAAAAUGACAAACUGUGACCAUCAGGAACGGAAUCAAUACUGGACCCACAACUACUACCGGGAGCUGAACAGUCGACGGAACUGCAUCGAUUACACGGGAAGUGGAUCGGUGAUGGUCUUCGGUUGUCACCGAGCCCGUGGCAAUCAGGAAUGGGAGAACGUCAAUGCGACUGGGCAGUUCAGAAGUGUCAAGUAUGGUAAGUGCUUGGCCGUCGAUCUUACCACCAACACCACGCUCCGAAUGGAGAACUGUGAUGCGAAAAAGGACGCGCAAAUGUGGCUGGUGAAUUUAAUCACGCUCGACGUUUCGAUCUUCACUAAAUCAUAAUCGGUUCGCUUUUUCCGUUUUAUUAUGAAAUGAUUUGUUUACCAUCACUUAGACCGCAAUUUCAUAAAUCUGCGGGAAUUUAACAGUCAAAUCGUAUGCCUUAAACGGGUAAUGUUUAUAAAUACAUUUUUAUACUUCAAAAUAUCCGUCGAUCUCUAGUUUGAUCAAGAAUCAGGUCGGGUUAAAAAUGUUGGGGAUGAAUCCUGUAUAAUGGCUGCGAAAAAUUUCAAAUAAUUUAUCUAGCAUCAUCUAGUUGAAGCUGUUAUUGUGCAUGAACCUAACAUUAUCGGUAGUUUUAGAGUUGCAUUGUAGCAGAAAUGAGAUUCCCAAAAUUACCGCAAGACACUGCCAUCAACAACAAGGGUGUACUCUUAGAAAAAAUAAAUAGAAAUUACGCAUGACGUAAAUUCAAGCAUACCAAUUUAUCAUAAGAGUCAGCAUUCGUAAAAUCACCCAAAAAAAUGUGCUAUUUCUAUUUUUUGUUCCAGAAUGAUAAUUAGUUUCUAUUUGACCAUUAAUAUGUAAAUCAUUUGUUCGUUGGAAAAUUUCAUGCGCGUUGACAAAUGUGCACUUCGCAGCACCCGGCGCGCGUGAAAAAACUAUGUCGCAAGUCAUACUUCUCGUGAUAAAUUUUUAAAAUAAUUGCUGGCUCAUGAAUGUUUCAACGGAUUUAGAUUGUACUAUGUAUUAUUGUAUUAUAAUAAAGUCAAUUGCCUA